AUGGAGUCGUCUCCCCCGAGGAGCUGUUCGGUUGCUCCUGUGGCAGGUGUGAAGCGUCCAGCGUCCUUGUUGCCCGCGUUUGAGCCAUUGAGCUCGUCUCCGUCUCUUCCUCGACCACAGAAACGUGUAGCACGCGACGAUGACCGUGCCAUUUCAACUUAUCCCACCCCCGUCCCGACGUCGUCGACCCAUAUCAUGUCGUCCUCGCCUCCAAGGAUGCCAACAUCAUCUCGCCGUAACCUGACCUCAACACUCUCAGAACGAGCCCCUCUCUCUACAGUUCCUACGUUGAUGCUCCCCGAAACCGGCGAGCCAAUUAUGAUGGGACGGUCCAGCCUUUCAUGUCAGUACCAGCUUGCUGCCAACCGCAUGAUCUCGAGGGUGCACGUCAAGGCCACCUACAAACCGGCUCCUAACCCGUUCGACCGAGAUAGGGUGGAGAUAAUGUGCCUAGGGUGGAAUGGACUUAAACUUCACUGCCAAGGAAAGACGUAUACGCUGGCCAAGGGAAAGACGUUCACGUCGGACAUCAAGGACGCUGAUAUCAUGAUCGAUGUUUCCGAGAGCCGCGUUUUGGUCCAAUGGCCGCGUGGUGAUAGGAAGGAAGACGUGUCGACCGACUCGGAGCAAACCUGGGAGGAGACAACGCCAACGCGCAAGAAGCAAACUCACCGCAGCCUGCAGGAUAGUCCAGGUGCUGAACGCCAGCGCCUCGCGUCCCCGGUCUCCCCAUCUCCCGCUGUCAAGUCCAUGAUCCCUCCGUCGUCUCCACUAUUCACUCCGACUCGCUCUCGUAACGCGGUUGUCGUGUAUGAAGAUGAAGCUUCACCUGUUCGCCUCCUUCACUCGGAUGACGCGUUGAAGCCGUCUUCCAGUGUUGCAUCUCUUUUGCAGAGCUCGCAAUCUAGUGAUCUAAGUGACCUGAGUAAGCCUGACGAUUUGUCAGACCAUGACGAAGAAAACGACCCAAUCAUUCAUUCUUUCGGGCCUUUUGGCGAUAACCUGCUUCCUCGCAUGGCCUCGUUUUCUGCUGAUGAAUCCCCACUUCGGCCCACUCGGCCCCGUGCACAUCUCCAGCCUACAUCUCCAAAACAGCCUUCAAAGCCAGUGGAACAUUCUCAGGAGGAGGAGGAGAAGAAGAAGAAGAAGAAGACAGCUGUUAUCAAUGAAGACGCGGAGCACGUCCAAAAUCACGCCGUCAACCAACUGGCUUUCUCACGUCUGUCAUCCACGCCUUUUUCUACCAUCCUUGACAACCUUCCCUCUUCCAUCUGGAAGGCAGACAACCACUCGCGCCACGGGCCUUCAAGAGAAGAGAUUCGGGUAAUCUUGGAUUCCACAAAGUGUAUCGGCAAAGUUGCGCGUGAAGGCAAGGAUGCUGCCGGAAAGCCACUUGAAGCCGAAUACUAUUACAUUCCUGACUUCGAUGACGAUGUUAUGCGUCGUGAAGCCGUCGUCACAGACCUGCGAAAACCCGGCCUUAGAAACUGUCGAAAGCAACAUAAGCAAUAUUUUUGGCGGAAACCGAAAUGAAUAUGAAACAGUUCAACUAAUACCCCGACAUAUGAUUCUGUUCUCAGUACAUACUUAACUUGGUUCUUUUUUUUUUUUCUCGAUCUCUUCUGUGUUCCUCUCCCGAGGACUGCAUAGCGUGGCGUGGCAUACCCAGUCUGACUUUUAUUACGUUUUUGAA